UAUUGUUACAUACAGAGAGAGAGAGCCAUUGAACCCAAAACAAAACAUAUCUUAUCAUCCUCUCUGUUUCUCGAAAAUCGUCUUCGCUCGAUGGGGACGUUCACGAGCUUACGAAAAGCCUAUGGAGCGCUCAAGGAUUCCACCACCGUCGGUCUCGCUAAGGUCAACAGCGAAUUCAAGGAUCUAGAUAUUGCGAUCGUCAAGGCAACGAAUCAUGUAGAGUCUCCUCCGAAAGAACGUCAUGUUCGUAAAAUAUUCUCGGCGACAUCUGCAAUACAACCACGAGCAGAUGUUGCUUACUGCAUUCAUGCAUUGUCAAAGAGAUUGUCCAAAACUCGAACCUGGGUUGUAGCAAUGAAGGUGUUAAUAGUAAUUCACAGAACAUUAAGAGAAGGUGAUCCUACAUUUAGAGAAGAGCUUCUUAAUUACUCACACAGACGACAUAUUCUCAGAAUCUCUAACUUCAAAGACGAUACAAGUCCUCUUGCUUGGGAUUGCUCUGCAUGGGUUAGAACAUACGCGCUCUUUCUUGAAGAGCGGCUUGAAUGUUACCGUGUUUUGAAGUAUGACAUAGAGGCAGAGCGUUUGCCAAAAGGUGCAGGUGCAGCUUCCAAGACGCAUAGGACAAGGAUGUUGUCUGGUGAAGAUCUGUUAGAACAGUUACCUGCGUUGCAACAGCUUCUUUACCGGCUUAUUGGAUGUCAACCUGAAGGAGCAGCUUAUAGCAACUAUCUAAUCCAGUAUGCUCUUGCAUUGGUGCUUAAAGAAAGCUUCAAAAUCUAUUGUGCUAUCAAUGAUGGAAUCAUUAACCUUGUUGACAUGUUCUUUGAGAUGACAAGACAUGAUGCAGUUAAAGCUCUGAACAUAUACAAACGGGCUGGUCAACAGGCUGAGAAUCUGGCUGAGUUUUAUGAUUACUGCAAAGGGCUAGAGCUCGCUAGGAACUUUCAGUUCCCUACCUUAAGACAGCCUCCUCCAUCGUUUCUUGCAACAAUGGAAGAGUACAUCAAAGAAGCGCCUCAGAGUGGUUCUGUACAGAAAAAACUGGAGUAUGAGGAAAAAGAGGAGGAACCAGAACCACAAGAAGAAGAACAGCCUGAAGAACCUGCAGAAGAUGAAAACCAAAACACAGAAACUGAUCAGCCGCUUAUCGAAGAAGAGGAAGAAGAACCUAUAGAGGAGAAAGAAGAGGAAGAAGUUAAACCUUCACCAUUGAUAGACACUGAUGACUUACUGGGUCUAAAUGAAAUAAACCCACAAGCCGCAGAGAUUGAAGAAAGAAACGCAUUGGCUCUUGCCAUUUAUCCACCUGGACAUGAAACUUCAGGCCCAUCUAAUAGUCUAAGCUUGAUAGAAGCUGGAGGAAGUGGUUGGGAGCUUGCAUUAGUCACACCACAAAACAACAACAAUAACAACAAUCCUCGUCCCACAGUAGCAACAAAACUCGGAGGAGGAUUUGACAAUCUUCUACUAGACAGUCUCUACGAAGACGAUACAGCAAGAAGACAGAUCCAGUUAACCAAUGCUGGUUACGGAUUUGGAGCCACGGCUACACAUGGUGAACCACACUCAUCUAACCCGAACCCAUUUGGGAUGCAACAAGAUCCUUUUGCAAUGUCUAGUAACAUGGCUCCACCAACCAAUGUUCAAAUGGCAAUGCAACAACAGCAAAUGAUGAUGAUGAAUAAUAAUCAAAAUCCAUAUAACAACAACAACAAUUAUUCACCUUAUCAUCAACAACAUCAGCACUUCUCACCAUAUCCUUCUUCUUCUGCUUCUGCUAACCCUUUUGGUGAUACUUUCCUUGCUCUCCCAGCUCCUCCUUCAUCUUCUACUCAGCAGCAACACAAUAAUCAUAUGCUCCUUUAGGAAAGGUCAUCUCAAUAACUUGUCUCUUGUCUUUUAACUUCGAUUUAAUUGAGCUUAUUAUUAUUCUUUAACUAUUUUCUAGCAUAAGACGUUAUAUAUUGUUGGAAUUUUUCUUCUUUUUCUUCCUUAAUUUUAAUAUUUAUUUCAGCGUAAUAUUUGUAUUUUCCCCUCUAUUCGUGUUUUUUUAAUGUUCAGAAAAUAGAAACCCCAAAGAAGACGAUUAUAUAUAUAUAUCGGAAUUUGGAGUUUUAAAAUUUAUUUAUUUCUGUAGAAAAUCAAAAACUAAAUGACCCUAAUUGGAGACUGAACAUCAAAUCAGAAAAGCAGACCUUGGAGCUUUCAUGAUAGCAAAAAGCGUGAUUAAAGAAGACCGUUGUCAAUCCUGUGUAGCUCUUGGCUUUCCUUUGUGGCUUACGGAUCUUUUGAAUGUGAAUGUGUAGUAGUAGCGUGUGCUCUUGUUGUGGUUGGUUUGCCUCUUCUUUAUUGAUGGUUUUUGUUCUAAGGAUGGUAAUGGCAAUGUUAAUGGAAUUGACAUUCAGAUGGGAAAAAAAAAUGACCCUAAAGGAUUAACGGUCAGGAAAAAAAAUGGAGGGAAGUUGUUAUUAAAUGCACUCUGCUUUUGUCAUUACGAACCGUUGAAAACCCGUUAGGGUUAAAAAAGUACAAAGAAACGCAGGUCCCUUGUGCUAGAAGAAACCUAGAUCUCUAAUUCUCUCACUGCCAAAAGAAAAAAAAAAACAAAACCCUCUUCAAAAAUUCUCGUAUAUACAAAUACACUUACUCGGUCUUCUCUCUCCCACACACACAGAGACACAUACACACACA